AUUUUUGUUUGGCAUUUUGCCGUACAAACCUGGUUACGUCUUGUCACAGUGCCUUCAGGAGACAGAGGGUGUUUUUCUAUGCUAGUGCCAUCAGCUGAUAUAGUUGAAUUGAUUGGCCGCUUAUUGGUGCUCUACAGUGAAAGUUUUAGCCUCUUAAAAAAUGAAUCCCGAAGAGAUGCAGUACAUUGAAAAGGUGGUGGAGCAGGCUUAUUCUUCUCAUGAUCCGGGGUGCAGGGAGGAGAUAUUCAAGAUUCGAGAGCAGAUUUCGAACAUCGAGAACAUGAAGCCCAUGCUAUGGUUCUUGUCGCAGACUCAGUCAUAUAUGAGCUUUUAUUUUGUGUGUGGCCAAAUAACCUCGGUUUUCACUGAGUACUCCAAUAGCCUUGAUGGACCUAGCCGCAAGGAGUUGAGGCAAAUGCUGUCUGUGGUUUUGUUCGAGCGCUACGAGUGGCUUUGCGAUACGGUGAAGGGUGACGUUUCGAAGAUAGCCCGAGACAGCCUAGCUCAGCUUUUGGCCAGGGUGUAUCAUGUGUGUUGGUUUGAGUUUUCUUUUAAUCUCAACCGAAGCAGGGCUCAGGAGCCGGAAUUGCUCGAGGUUGGCUCGGACGACAUUGUGACGGAGCUCUUAAGGCUCAUCGACGAGAUAAGAUUUCGGAGGGAGGAUACGUCGAAGCUGGAGUUAGGCGAUGAUGUCAUGUCUAAUGGAGGUGAUUUGAACGCCAAAAAUCAGCAAAACCUGACUUCGGACGAAACGAUGCUCCACUUGAUUGCCAUCAAGAUGAUCAUAGACGAAAACUCGACUUUGGCCUCGACGUUGAUGGGAUGCACCAUUUUGAACAGCUUGAUUCUAGAGAUGGGAAUCCCCAUGCCGAGACAGCCUUCUUAUUGGGUUCCGAAGACGUCCAAGUCGUUCUGCGACACGUGUCUUUUGGACAUUUUCAAGACGACCGUUUCCACGACCCAAAAGCUUCUGGACACCAACGUGCCGAUGACAGAGCCCGAACAGUCCCAACACAAGUUUUUGCUUCACAUGGUGCUGACCUUGGCGCAGAGCGUGUUUUCUUUCGAGUCGAUCGAGUCGCCUUCUGGAGAGUUGGCCGAUGCGCCUCGUAUUCUGCACGUGCCGAGGUCCUGGAAGUCCGUUUUUCAGACGCCUACUAUUUUGCAGACCUAUUUUCAGUGCUACACUCAGCUGCAGCCGCCACUUUCGACUUACACGCUGGAGAUCCUCUCGUCGAUCGUGUCCAUCAAUUGCUCGGUGUUUGGCACGCAGAACGACCAAACCGUGUUUCUGAGUAACUUGUUUGAGAUCAUUUGGAAGAUACUGCAGUCGAAGCAGGGGCUGGACGACCCGAACAACCGACACCACCUUUGCAGGUUGACCGUCUGUUUAAAUUGGAACUUCGAGCUGAACACCAUUUCGAGCGUCCCGCUCUGGAAGAACUUCGUCACGCUGCUCGCCGAGUUUCACUUUCAAGUCAUGGAGUCUCCGGACUGCAAUCCGAAGAUCAUCUACUACAUCAUGAUUUGGUGGUCGCGCUUCUACAACUCCACCUUUUACAUGUCCUCCGGAAUCGACUCCUCCUUCUUGCUGGACAUCUUCCCCGCCAUCACGAUCGGCUUCAUCAAGACGCAACUGAAGCAGCAGGAGAACAUAUUGCCGUCGUCGGACCAAGACAUUUUGGAAAGCGAGCAGCUCAAGACGAUUUUACCCACUAUUCCGGUGCUGGUUGAUUGUCCGCGAAAGGUGGAAAUAUACACAUACUUGCUCGAAUUGCUCACGCAAUUGGGGCUCCAAUUCUCGACCCUCGACCAGCACAGCCCCCGCAACGUCAUCGAAUCGAUCGAACGCCAAUUGGCGUUUAUUAUUCACAUUGUGACGGUAAUUUACCGAAGGGAAGACGUCUCGAUCGUCAUCUAUAACGAACACAGGCGACACCAGCAAGAAGACGAAUCCGUAAGGGAACAACUCGACUCGCUCAACGCGAACUUGGUGUCGUCGGUAUUUAACAUUUGGAGAAUCCACGACGAGCGGCUCAUAGAAUACGACGUCAGCGUCGGUCUGUACUAUCUGGAGUACGCACUCACCUGCUUCCUGAAACGCUUCAGCAUAUUCUACUUCAAGAACGACGCCAGCAAAUCCCAGAUGGUCAACUACACCCUCUCUCAGCAGCACGGGCUCACGGACGUGUAUCAAGUUCUGGAAGCCAUCCUCGGUAAAAUUUCCAGCAACCUGAAAAACUGGCCCAGCGGGUCGCCCGUCAGUCUCGAAACGCUGCAGCUCUUUUGGAUCUUGGGCAACGGACCCGUCUCGAGCGGGUUCUGCUCAAAAACGGAGUUCUUCAAACACCUGCUUUCUCACCACACCGAGAUCAACCUAGGUGGCUCUUCGAGAAACCGGUUCGAGUUCUACCACCUGCUGGGAAAACUCGCUUUUCGAAACCUGGACAUUGACACCAUCUAUAUGUUUCUAGGACCGUUCGAAGAAAAGCUCGUGCAGCUCGGCCGGCAACUCGAGGACGCAAAGUUCUACAACAGCGAAAGCACCGUCGAGGCGCUCAUCCAACUGCUGGGCGAUGUCCGCGCCGUGUCUCAGUCGUGCUCCAAACAACAAUCCUACGCCAUCUUUUUCGAGUGGAUUUAUCCGUCCGGAUUUUUCCGGACAAUUUGUAUUUCCACUGUCCAACGAUACGCUCAGACGGAGUGGCGAGUCGUCUGGAGCGUCCUCAAGUUCGUCAGGGAAUUCGCGAGCGACACCAACGAACGAAUCCGCUUCCCUAGUAUCAACCCCGAUGGACACCAGUUCUUCAGAGAUACCGCAGAGCUACUUCUCCUGGUAGCCAGCAAUGUAUCCAAUCUGCUCAACGCCGCUCCAUGUGCCCCCGUCGCCCCACACACAGAACUCGCCCCCUUCAACAAUCGCUCCGGCAAAACCCAGCUCAACCCAAUUGACAUGUGCUUCAAGUCCGUCUUGCUCUUUUUACACGCCAGCUGCUCGGUGCUCGAGGGUGCACCCUUCUACGCCAACUUGGGUGUGUUCCAACUCUACGGGUACAAAAUCGUCUCUGAGCUCGUACACGCUGUAUUCAAUAUUAUCUAUUCUAUCAACAUGGACGACAUUGAGUCCUAUCCAAAGCUCACUGAACUAGUCUAUCGAACCCUAGAAGUCAUCUGUUUACACUAUCUCAACGAGCUUCUCUCCCCGGAAUUAAGCACUUCCUCCAACGCCCUCACCACCACCUUGCUUUUUUUCAAGCGAGGGCUGCUCACCAACUCUUUCAAAAUUUUGUGUUCUUGCUCACAUUCUGUGUACAAACUGGCUUUGACACAAUAUCAAAAUAGCCAUCAGAGAAUACGCAGAGGCAACCCAACAAUCAUCUCCCUCGAUAGCUACCACCGAGAGAUUUUAACCUGCAUACUCUUCGAACUGUUCGAUAUCAUGCUGCUGCAAUACGACCGGCUGCACGCUAUCGUCGGUCAAGCCGCCUUCUAUCUGACUCAGCUCCUGCCAGAAGAGUAUGCCAUCGUCAAAAACAUCUUCAUCAAAAGCCAGUCCCAGAACCCGUCCAAAGCCGAAGCUAUCGAAACACAAUUCAGGAACUUAAUGGAGGGAAUAGACAACACCGCUAUAAUUGAGAGUAAGGACCAGUUCAUCAUCAACGCUCUGGACUUUAGAUCCCGGUGUGAGUCAAUCAUCGAUUCCUAUUCAUUGUAUAAAGAAGCUCGAAAUACGCUUAGGGACUUUUUCAAAUAGGAAGUGAAUGAAAUCAGAGACAUGAGAAUGAGCUUAAUAUGAAAUUUUGUACCAUAAAAAAUGAUCUCUUUUUUUUUU